ACAACCAGUUAUGUCAGGGGACAUGGAAGCUCUCCUCAAGGUCUCUGCUUCAGUGGCAGCUUUGACGGCCUACGCCCGCUUCGCAGCAUCUAAAACCACUCCAGGCCGCCGCCGCUUCUUCGCCCUCAUCCCAGCCAUCUCGCCGCUCUUCUUCCUCCCCCUUUCCUUCACCUCCAUCCACUUCCGAAGCAUCUCAGGCUUCUUCCUCGGCUGGCUCGCAGUCUUCAAGCUCCUCCUCCUUUCUUUCGACUCCGGCCCCCUUUUCCCUUCGCUCUCCUUCCUCACCUUCCUCCCGAUUGCCGUCCUUCCCGUUAAGCUCCGGCACAUUUCCCCCUCCCCAAAGGCCAAACCACCACAUCUCCUCCCCACCGCUAUCAAAGCCAUUCUCCUUUCUCUUCUCAUCCCCCUCUACUCCCACCACGACCGAUUCCCCCAUCACCUGCUCCUCUCCAUCUACUGCCUUCACAUCUACCUCGGCCUCGAGCUCGUCCUCGCCUCCGCCGCGUUUCUCGCCGGCAUUCUCCUCGGCUUAGAUCUCGAGCCCCAAUUCAACGCUCCCUAUCUCUCCACCUCUCUCCAAGAUUUCUGGGGCCGGCGGUGGAACCUUAUGGUCACCGCAAUCCUCCGGCCAUCCGUAUACGGUCCCGUGCGCGCGCGGUGGGGCGCGCCUGCUGGGGUCGUGGCGACGUUUCUGGUCUCCGGCGUGAUGCACGAACUCAUGUUCUAUUAUAUUACAUCGGCGCCGCCGACCGGGGAGGUGUCGUGCUUCUUUCUGCUCCACGGUGUGUGUACGGCGGUGGAAGGGUGGAUAAGGAAGGCAGCAAAGAGACGCGCCGGCGAGGGUAUGAUGGUGAAUCCAGUUGUGUCGGCGGCAAUGACGUUAGGUUUUGUGGUUUUGACGGGGUUUUGGUUGUUUUUUCCGCCGGUGGUGAGGACUGGGUCGGAUCAGCGGGUUGUAGAGGAAUGCUUGGCGGCGAUGCGGUUUUUGGAAGGGGGAGGUCGAGCGAUUCUACGGCGUUUAGGGCUUCAGCUGAACCUGACUGAGGCUAAGAUUUUGUAAUUGAUGGCUUUUAAAAUUAAUAUUGGAGAAUUGUUUGUUUUC